UUUCCCCGACUUUUGGAAAAUGUUUUUUUGAGGAGCAUAUCGAACGGCCGAAAUACUAAGACCACUGCGGUUGCUAUCAUGUUUUUCGGCACGCUAGACCAACCAAAAGAACUUGAACCAAAAGAAAAUCUUCGCCCUUGUUCCAAGUUUUGUUGUACGAAACCAUAUGAUGGACAGAGGUACGUGUUGCUACUGUGCGACAUUUGUUAACAUCCAAGCCUGGCCGUUCGGAAAGGUCAUUGAGGACACACUUUUAAAGUUGUUGUUUCGCUCAGAAACAUUACGGUGAACAUAAAGUUUAUCCCACAUAACGCCUGCCGCAGAUUUGGUACAAGCAGAAGCGUGACCUUUUUCUUUUGUUGCUCUGUGCGAGACAGAAACACGAUUUUGUUCUUAAAUUGUUCCCGAAAUGGUGUGAGGCCACAGGAAAACUUCAGCAGGUUUAGUUGCUGGUCACGAUUACCUUCAGUGCCAUUGGGUUCGAUUCGAUUUUAAUGGCUCAUACAAUCAUUGAUUGAUUGUGACAGGCUGCGAACUGCAUUGAAGCAUACAUGUUUUACUGCGUCUUGAUGGGAGUGUGCCUUCGCAAUUAUCAAGUCAGGCUCAUUGUUAAUGGCAUAGCGCAAGAGUCUAUGGCGUCAACCACGACAAACCACGAACAGUAGCAACGUAAAGCUGGUACAAACAUCAUCGAAAACCUUUUCAUAUCGCGACAUGUACUAAAUUACCUGACGAAACAUGCCUGAACACGUGCUUACCCAAGUUAUCAGAGAAAGAAAGACGGAUGAGAAAAUUAAUGCACAUAAUCAACACAAUGUGAUCGUCGUAAACUCGCGGGAAAUUCGAUGACCGUUCAGUUCGAUUACUAUUUCGUUUCUAUAUCACAUCCUUGUAAUGUGUAUUAUACUCGUUUAGAAGUAAGAACUGAUGAAGCUGUAAACGAACUGGCUGAAGAAAGGAUGAUACUGGUUUGUUCUGAGUUUAUUCAUGCGUUUUGUCUUCACAACCUAAUCCGAAGUUUAUUAAAAGGGCUACAGAUGGUAUAAAGGGAGACCUGGUAUAUAGAGAAAUUGCACACCUAAUAAAACAAUGUACUCCGACCAAUUUACUGCUAAGAUCCAUUUUCAACCUUUUUCUAUGAACCUGUUCUAAGAAAGUGAGCGAAUGUGCAAAGCUAGAUCAUAUGCCAGCAUGCAUUAUUUGCGUAUAAAGAUUGUUUCUACCAUGAUUUAAUGAUAUAAAUUGUCAAAUACUAUGAAUGUAGACGAAAAUAGUUUCCCAUAAUAACUUUAGAAAAUGAUACUUUAAAGAAAGCAAAACGGCAAAGCGGUUCACAAGUACAAAAGUGAGCAAGAAAAUGAUAAUUUAUCAUCACGUGCAGCUUAGAACGCUAUUCUAAGUAACACUAAUUCUUGUAUUAGCCAGUUUAGUUGUUAACCUCAAGAUGUUAAAUUAGCAAAGAUCUUUUCAGAACGAACCCCGUUAUCGAUAUGCGAUUAUGCGAUUGAAUAGUCUACAUUUGGCUGUGAUUCGAAAAUCGUGCAUCUGCAAAAAAUAACUCACUUUUCGAUUGAAUAUCUUUCAACCAUAUGCAACCAUAUGCAUUCCACUGGAUUCGGAGAUGCCAAAACGUAAAAAAAACGGAGCCAAUGCUUGAUGUUACUGCAAACAACCCUAAUAUAUGGCCUUGAUUAGUUCAGACCUUAGCUUACUUCAUUAUAAUCUUUUAGAUAAUUUAAAUUAGGAAAGCUUGCCAGCAAACAUACCCAGUAUUUUACGUCUCGACUGAAUUUCUUGUUAACUUAAGUGACUGCAUAGAAAUGUGAUCGAACGAAACUAUUUGAAAACGCACUCGGAAGAAGCAUGACCGGCGACGUUGAAGAUGCGUAGCUGAACCUGGCACCUGAAAAAAAAAACAUUGAACAUUCCCGCAUUUACUUAAAAAGCGCAUAUUCCACCGGAGCAGAUCAAACGAAAUCGUUUGGUCCACUAAACAA